AUGCCUCCUGUUCCCCCCCAGCGCGGAGGUGCCCAGGCCCCCUCUGUCACCCAGAAGCUUGCAAUGGGUGCUAUGAUGGGUGGAUCCGUCGGCGUUAUCAUCGGCUUCAUCUUCGGAACGACAACCAUUUUCAGAUACGGCGCCGGCCCGAACGGAAUCAUGCGAACGCUCGGACAAUACAUGGCUGCCUCGGGAGCCACCUUUGGCUUCUUCAUGGCUAUCGGUAGCGUGAUCCGAACCGACGCACACCCGGUUGCACAAGAAAUCUACAUGCGGUCGCAGAUGCGGCCUAUGAUUAUCGCUCGCCAGGCCUUCCGGCGGCCAGACCAGGCCUCGUCUCAAUAA